CCGCUGCGAAAUUGGGUUCAAUAUACAGUCAAGGUCUUAACGCUACCAUAGCUCAAGACUUUGCAACAUCGGCCGCAUAUUAUUUUCUAGCUUUAAAACUUAUCAUGAUGAUACCAUGCACAUCUUAUUAUUCUUGGGACUUAUCCCUUGUUCUCGACGUCGUUAUUGGAUUAACAGAUCUAUAUCGUCGGGAAUUGAACCAUCAUAACGAAGCAGAUACAGAUAUUAUAGAGUGCGGUGUAAAAAUCAUGAGAAGUAUAGAUGAUAGAUUACGGAAUCCCUUUUUCAUUAGAAUUCUUGAUCAUAAUGAUGUUCAAUUACAAAGAGCGAUACGUAUACAUGUAAAUUUUUGUUUUGCUAUAACUUUCAUGAUGGCAGGAGAAAUUUAUGAGUCUAGAAUGUCAUUUCGAGAAGUUGAAGCAAUAGGGGAAUGUGGGCAUGAAAGUGCAGAUCUAUUAGUUAUAAAAGCUCGAGAACAUAUUCAUUGGUUAGAUUCUCAAUUACCAAAUUUCACAGAUUGUGCACAAUGUAAAUAUGCACCAACAAAUUUAAAAGAUAUUAAGACAUUAGAGAUGUGUCCGAGAUGUCAAGAAGUUGCUUUUUGUGGGAAGGAUUGUUUAUCAAUGCAUACUUCUUCUUGCUCAGGAACUUUAUAA